GGAAUCCCCUGCUGCCUGGCCUAGACCUGGAUGCAGAUGAACGUAGAGGGCUAACGGGAUAACAUGGCAGAUUGACUGAGUCAACUGUGACAGAGAAACACCGUCCAUGCGUAAAUUUGGUAGGACUACAUCUGGGAACAGCCUCAAGUGCAUUAUGUGGUCAAAGUGUCAUCUUCAGAUCAGAAGAAGGUAGAGUCAUAAUGGACAAGGGAACAGACCAGGACAAUUAUUUUGUACAAGGUCACACCAUUACCAUCAAACAGGAAGUGGAUGAAGACAUGACCAACCCUGAUACCGGUCAAGAUCAGAGACCCACUGAAGGUCAAACUAUUACCAUCAAACAUGAAGUAGAUGAAGACAUAACCAACCCUGAUACAGCUCAAUGUACCACACAAGGUCCAACGACCUUCAUCUUAAAGCAGGAAGUAGAUGAAGAUGUUGCCAACAACGUUACAGGACAAAAUCAAUGGACCACACUAAGUCAAACCAUUAUCAUCAAACGUGAAGUAGAUGAAGACAUGACCAACCCUGAUACAGCUCGAGACAAUUGGACCACACAAGGUCAGACUAUUACAAUCAAACGUGAGGUAGAUGAAGACAUGACCAACCCUGAUACAGCUCGAGAACAAUGGACCACACAAGAUCAAACCUUUACCAUCAAACAGGAUGUGGAUGAAGACAUGACCAACCCUGAUACAGCUCAAGAACAAUGGUUCCCACAAGGUCAAACCUUUACCAUCAAGCAGGAUGUGGAUGAAGACAUGACCAACCCUUAUACAGGUCAAGACCAAAGUACCACACAAGAUAAAGAUCUUUUGGAUGGAGAGAACAAGAGACAAUCAUCAAUGACAGAAUGCAGUGUAGAUGAGUCCCAUCAGGGUUUACAAUGCAAUAAGACAUUUACAGUUGAGAAUUCUUCAGUUCUACAUCAUAAAAGACACUCUAGGGAAGUUGAGUUUGGCAGUCAUCCUUGGACAGAGUUUGGAGACAGAUGCUUCAAGUGCCCCCAUUGUCAUAAGAAUUUUGAAUGUAGGGAUACUCUUAUGACCCAUGUGAGCACACACACUGGAGGAGAGACUUAUUGCUCUUAUAAAGAUCUUUUGGAUGGAGAGAACAAGAGGCAAUCAUCAAUGACAGAAUGCAGUGAAGAUGAGUCUCAUCAGGGUUUACAAUGCAAUAAGACAUUUACAGUUGAGUUUGGCGGUCAUCCUUGGACAGAGAUUGGAGACAGAUGCUUCAAGUGCCCCCAUUGUCAUAAGAAUUUUGAAUGUAGGGAUACUCUUAUGACCCAUGUGAGCACACACACUGGAGAAGAAUCUUAUAGUUCUCAUUGCGACAAGGGAUCUUCUCAAAAGAGUUAUCUUACCCAUCAUAUAAGAACACAUACAGGAAAAACAACCUUUAUCUGCUCUCAUUGUGAGAAGGGAUUUUCUCAAAAGAGCGAUCUUACCCGUCAUAUAAGAAUACACACAGGAGAAAAACCUUAUCAGUGCUCUCAUUGUGAGAAGAGAUUUUCUGACAAGAACAAUCUUACAAGUCAUAUCAGAACUCAUACUGGAGAAAAACCCUAUAUUUGCUCUCAUUGUGGGAAGGGAUUUUCUCAAAAGAGUGAAGUGACUCGUCAUAUGAGAACACAUACAGGAGAAAAAACAUUUACUUGCUCUCAAUGUCACAAGACAUUUUCUAACAAGAGCACUUUUACAAUUCAUGUAAGAAGACAUACAGGAGAAAAACCCUAUAUUUGCUCUCAAUGUUACAAGACAUUUUCUAACAAAAAGUCGUUAACAAUUCAUAUAAGAACACAUACAGGAGAAAAACCCUAUAUUUGCUCUCAUUGUGAGAAGAGAUUUUCUGAAAAAAAUGAUCUUACCCGCCAUAUAAGAACACACACAGGGGAAAGACCUUAUCAAUGCUCUCAGUGUGAGAUGAGAUUUUCUGAAAAGGUUGUUCUUAGAAAUCAUAUUAGAACACAUACAGGAGAAAAACCCUAUAUUUGCUCUCAUUGUGGGAGAGGAUUUUCUCAAAGGUGCAAUCUUACCCGUCAUCUAAGAACACACACAGGAGAAAAACCUUAUCAAUGCUCUCAUUGUGAGAAGAGAUUUUCUGAGAAGUCUGUUCUUACCCGUCAUAUAAGAACACAUACUGGAGAAAAACCUCAUCAUUGCUCUCAUUGUGACAAAAGAUUUUCCAACAAGGUGGUUCUUACAAGUCAUAUUAGAACACAUACAGGAGAAAAACCGUAUAUUUGCUCCCUCUGUCAGAAGGGAUUUGGUAAAAAGAGCCAUCUUACCCGUCAUAUAAGAACACACACAGGAUAAAAUCCUUGUCAUUGCUCUCAUUGUGAGAAGAGAUUUUCUGAGAAGUCAGUUCUUACCCGUCAUACUAGAAUAUGCUCAGGAGAAAACAACCCGUCAUUGCUCUCAUUGUGACCGGGGGGAAGGGGGGCACUUCCAUUGACGAGUGGAUACCAUGAGCGACAAUGGGGUCUUAAAAAGCACCCUAAACU